UAAAGCUUGAAAUAGGUAACGCAAUUUAAUAUUACCUAUCCUUUGUAAAUGGUUUGAUAGAUAAGACACUCGCAGCAUUUUCUGGCGCUCAGCAACCAUGGCGGCCAGCAAUGUGGGUGUGCAGACACAGGGGACUACCUUUCGCGUCGCUGCUCCAAACUCUUCCUUCUCGCAGCAUGUGCGGGGGACUGCGCUCGCUUUGCAGCCCCCAUGCAUCGCUGGCAGGCUGCGGAAAUGGCCAAGUGGCAGUGUCAGCAUUCAAUGCAGCAUGAAGCAGCGCAAUCCAGCACCGGAGGGGAGACCGCUGGCCAGGAGGAGUCUCCUCGCAGCUGUGCUCCUCUCUUCUCAAGCUCUCGUGCUGGGGGCAGCUUCGGCCCGGGUCGUCCAAGAGGAAGAAGUGGCUGAAUCUGAAAAAAUGUAUCGGGACUUUCUGCGAAGGAUUGGGGAGCAGAAGAAAGCACACCCAACCCCGCCAGCCCCCUCAGUGGAGCCGCCUAUGGCCACAACAACUCCAACGUCCCCGUCACAGCCACUCCAAAGCGUGAAAGCUGAGGUGACCCGACCUGUAGAAACUCGGGAGAACCCAGAAAAGGCGGAAAAGGCAGCACCAAGCGAGGCGGCGGCGACAGAGGCGGACCCCAAGCCAGACUUCUUUGCGAAGGCCGCGUCGGCUGCUGCUGCAAUGUUUGCCGGUGAUAGCGCUGCGGACCAGGCCGCCGCUGCCCCCAUAGCCGAUGCAGUCUCAGAUUCAGUGCCAGACACAGAGUCACUGGGGUCUCUGCUGUUGGACGCACUGUCAGCACCUGCUUCAGGAGGAGGACCCUCGCCGGAGGAUGUGACACAGGGGGCAGCAGCGGCUGUCGGGGAUACGGUAAUCGGAAAUGUCGGUGGCAUCGCAGCAGCGGUGGCGGGCCUGGCGAGCGUAGUGUUGGGUUUCGCCCUCGUUUCUGAAAAGGCAGGCAGGAAGAAGGAGGCAGAGGAGGGAACCCAGGUCCAAUCCCGGCUGCAAGAGACCGAAGCGGCUGCAGCCGCAGAGAAGCAGCGGCUCGAAGGGGAACUCUCGUCGGCAAAGGCAGCAGCCGCUAAGGCUUCCGCACAAGCCUCCGAGAAGCAGACGGUGCUUUCGAAGGAGCUCGCGGACUUGCGCGCAGCGGAGGAGCAACUGCACAGGCAGCUGCGCAACGAGCAGGGCCGCGCUGCAGAAUUGGAACAGGCCAAGGCUGCCCUCCAAGCGGAUAUUGAGGCCGGCUCUGCCAGAGAGAGCGACCUCCAGUCGCAGCUGGAGAGCGUGUCUGCGUCUCUGGCCGCGUCGAAGGAGGAAGGCGAGCAGGCGCGGCAGCAGAUUGCGGAGCUGCGCUCCCAGAUCAGCGACCUGGAGGUGCGCCUGAGCGCGGAGCAGGAGUCGUUGAAGUCGGUGUCGAACGACCUGGUCCAGAGCCACGCGCUGGUGGACAAGCGCGAAAAGGAGGUCGACUUUCUGCAGAGCGAGGUCGCGCAGACCACCGCCGCGCUCGAGAGCGCCCAGCAGCAGGCCGCCAGCCUGCGUACAGACGUCGCAGCGCGUGACAGCGCGCUCAACAAGGAGCGCAGCGUCUCAUCCGCGGCCAAGUCGCAGGUGGAGGCGUCACAGCGUGCGCUGACGGCGGAGAAGGAGACGGUGGCGGGGCUGCGGGCGGGCGUGCAGCAGGCGUUGGCGGAGCUGGAGGGCCUGCAGGCGAUGGUGACGGCGAAGCAGGAGGAGCUGCGGCGCGUGGUGGCGGCCGCGGAGGAGCAGGCGCAGGAGCUGCAGUUCCUGCAACACGCGCUCAGCGCGGAGAAGCAGGCCAGCGAGGGGCUCAGGUACGACGUGGUCAAGGCGGAAUCCGCGCUUGCGGAGGAGCGUGCGAAAGUGUUCGAGCUGGAAGGCGAUCUGGCGGCUGCGCGCGGCGAAGCAGGCAAGCUCAAGGGGCGGGUGACGGAGCUGUCGCGCGCGCUGGAGGCGGCCGAGGCCAAGGUGGAGAGCAACGCCAAGGUGCGCGCCGAGGCAGCGGGGCUGGUCAAGGCCGCGGAGGACCAGCUCGCGCAGGCCAAGGCGCAAGUGCGGGCGCUGCGGGAAGAGAACGGUGUGAUCGAGGGCGCGCGGCAGCGGCUGGAGGAUGGCCGCGCGCGCGACAAGCAGACGCAGGAGCUGCUGGCGGCGGAGCUGCAGGGCGAGACGAACGCCGCAGCCGCCGCGCGCAAGGAGCUGGGCGACGUGCGGCAACAGCUGGCCGCGGCGCUGGAGAAACUGUCGGCCGCCGAGAAGACCCAGGCCGACAGUGAGGCAGCAUUGACACCAGCCAAGAAAGUCUCGGCUGCAAAAGCGGCCCCGCCCAGCAAGCCCCCCCCGCCGCAGCAGCAGAAGCCUGCUGAGAAGGUCCGGCCGAAGCAGGUCGUUUCGGCAACCAAGGCGGCUGAGUAACACUAUACGCCCAGUGUAAGCUAGUCAUCCUCGGACCAUACAAGGUGAUUUAUGGACAGCGCGUUGCACCUUAGACCUACUUUAGAAACUCUCUUGGAAGUCGGAAGUCUUAGGUGGAGUUGAACAUAGAAUGUUUCUCAGGGUUGAUCUGAUUUGUGGCGGGCGUAGGAGUCUUUCACAGACCUUUGAGCAGAUAGUACGAAUGGGCUCGCAACCGGGCAGUGGCGCUUGUGUGGUUGCGUAAUAAAUUUACCGAUUGACUGCAAAAUUGAAUCUUGGGUCUGCCCGUCUAGAACAUUUGAAGCGUCCGCAAUCAGAUGCACUAUAUGGCAGCUAGUCUUUAUCCAGAGUUAGGUUCGAGUCGGCAUGGGAGCAAUACGUACGGC